CAGCUCCUGUCAUCCUCCCGCUGCAAUUAGAGCUGCCGGGGAGUCGGGCUUCAACUCCGGCCCCUCCUCUCAACCAAUCCUCCACAGCUUCGGGUACCUUUCCUGAUUCCCAUUGCAGUCCAAGGGUAAACAAAACUAGACCGCGCACUCCGCUCUCGUGUUUUCACCCCCCCUCCCCCCCCCCCUUGGCCGGUGAUGCCUGAAAAGGCAGUGAACAACAACCGUUGGCCGCGCCUUCUGGUAGGCUUUCUACGCCCGCCCGACCGCUUCUUGACAUAAACACGGCAUACCGCACGACAUGGCAUGUGUUCCGGAUAGGACGGACCCAGCGCCGGGGACGCACACACACGCGCACAUCCUCUUCGACGACCCCGGGACUCCAACGUUCACCAUCGGGACCGCCUUCUCUUAACGGAAUCCGAACGCUCCCCCCCCCCGCUCAAUGCCGUCUCUGUCACUCGCAGCCGCUGUACUGGCUCUUGUCGCGACCAGGGUUUCUCCGUCGCAGCGACCCUGUACUGGUUCUCCGAGCUGGUCUGCUGUCCCAAUGUGGACCACAAACAUCCACCUUGCCACCCCGCCUAGCCUAGCAGGCAAUCAUUCCGUCGCAAUAUCAACUACAAAGUCCUGCUGAACGAUCUGAACACUCCCCCCCGAACCGACCAAUAUUUCGCUUCCUUCGCUUCAAGGUGAAUCAUGGACGCCGAACCUUCGUCGGUGGCUUCAAGCUGGGCGGGUUCGGCUGCUGGCAAUUCGGCCAAUCGAAAAGAGCGUGGUCAUAUCGCGCAACGGGCUUGCGAGGUCUGCCGCCGCAGGAAGCAGAAAUGUGACGAAGAGAAGCCAACGUGCGGCUAUUGCUUCAAGGCCCAGCUGGAGUGUGAUUACGGAAGCCCCAAACCAACCAAGAAAGACAAGACAUUGGUCGAGUUACUCGACCUUGUAACCAACAUCAACCAGCAUACCAGUCAUAUUCCAGAAUUAUACGCCCAGCUACUGACCUUGCGAGACAUCAUACCAGCCUCUCUUCCUAUCGAUCACAGCGGCGGCAGCAGUAGCAGCAGUGACAGAGCGUCGUCAACGGCCAUAUUGCUGCCCUCACGUCGGCUCGGUCCAACUUCUCAACACCAGGCAGCACGCCGUUAUGCUUCCUCCGUGAACAAGAUAAUGAUAUGGCCUGCAGUACGACAAACGCUUGAGAAUGUCCGGCCCAAGAUAUCCGGCCUCCAGGCCAUCUUUCAGAGACCCGGUCUCUCAUCGGUUUUGCUGGAGCAGCGAGGAGACGCCCGGCGUCUGCCUCGAGGGGGUGUAGAAUCCAUGGCCUCGCAAGAUCGCAUCGCACUGGGAAUCGCUCCCGACGACCCGAUUCCAGUUCAAAUGACGACUAUAAGCCCUCAUGUCCUCGAGGACCAUGCUAGAAUAUACUUCAACACCUUCAACCGGAUUCACCCUGUUCUAGACCGCCAGUAUUUCAUGGGUGUGGUGUUUCCUAGAGUUCUCAUGAACAAUUUCGACGAGGAUGCGUCAUCUACUCUGUUGUGUCUAGUGUUGGCGCUCGCCGAAGUAGCCAUGGCAGACGUGUCAGGUAAAGGGCUCCUGUCGUUCCAGGACCAACCUCGCAAACCAGACGACACUACAGAGAAGAUCGAAUAUCGGCCACCGGGAAUUGAGUUCUUCAACGAAGCAAGGCGGCGCUUAGGCUUUUCUAUGAGCGAUUACAGCUUGGAAAACAUACAAAUGUACAUCCUGACAGGCUUGUAUUACGAAUCUUGUUCUCAACACACGGAAUCCUGGAAAAUGACCAUAUCCGCGUCCUUGGCUUGCCACGCACUGAUUGCCAAUAACCCUGCCGAACUUGAUGCCGCCCAUGACGAUCAGAUCUGCCGGGUGUUCUGGUAUUGCUCCAUCGCCGAAACGAGUCUCCAGCUAGAGCUCCAGUUGCCCUUGACCGGUCUUGACAAGCUGGAACCGAGCAUCCAACUGCCUCAGUUUCCCGAAUAUGUCACCACGACCGAUCAACUACUUCGUGCGCAGAUGUACAAUGACAGAAUGUCUCAUUACGGCGAGAUAUUUAGUUACCAGAUUUCUCUCCGAAACCUCGCCAUCAAAGUACACGACGGGCUAAAUCGAGUUGUUGAAGGGUCCGCCUCUAUCUCGAAUCAGUCGUUUUCUGGUUCGGUCGACUCUCUAAGAACCGGCAUUGAUGAGCUAGCUAGGCAGCUGGAACAGUGGCAUAGUUCUCUACCAAGUUACUUGAGCUGGGACCGUAACCUUGCCCCCACUGUCUUUCCAAGCCACGAAAUCCAACACCCCGGCCAGUCGUUUUAUGGUCAGAGCAUGUAUGCUGCCGGGUCAAUGGAAGGGUUGCAGUCAGCUCCCAUCACCGACUUCAUCGCGUCCGACAUCGGGAACCCCCAUGCCAAUACUGGCUAUCCCAAUUCGGACAUUGUGGUGCUCGCCGUCAUGCGCUCGCGUUAUUACCACCUCGAAACUCUGCUCUAUCGACCUUUCAUCUAUAAGGUUCUACACGAAAACCCAGACACCUUGACCGAAGCAGACGUGUCGGGAACCACGAGGUUUCUCCACGCCUGCGUUCUCUGGCCAAUCAUGGUUCCGCCGGUCUCUCAACACAAACGUAUGAUCCCGUGUCUCUACUUUUGGCUGCAGAAUAUCUUGGACGUGCUCGUCGCUUUGCACCUGUCCGUAAUAAACCCUAUAUUAUCCAACAUCCGACAUGGCCAUUGCCGCCAAGGGUACGAGCAAGAAGCCGAGCUGACUAUAGAGUGGGGUAUUGCGUGGAUACGGGAUCUUAAAGACGCUGAUAGAGCUGCGCAAUGGUGUUGGACAAUUCUCAAAAGCCUGUAUCGACUCGACUGAAUGAGUGGUGACCUGCACCGGGGGCACAACCCGUCAGAUGUCUUUGGAUAAGAAACCGUCUCCAUGGAUCCACCGUUGUCAGUGGCGAGCGGGCUCAGUGGCCGACAGGCAAAUCCCUUGGAACAGUCCACCAUGCGAAGUCUUGGCCGUUGUCUUUGUUCUCAGAACAAAGAAAGACCAGUUGCGCGCAGGGUAGGGAUAGAGGUGGAAGAACGAGACGGCGGCAGCAGUGUCGAUCAUCUGAGCAGCCUCACAUUUCUCGUGUCACAUCUGGAUGAAGCACUGAGAC